AUAUUAAGGUGUAUAUCACAGUUAGAAUUAGCUCAGUUAAUAGGUACUGGUGUUAAAACUAAAUAUAUAACAAAUCCAUCUAACUCAUCAGCUUCAUCAAGUCAUCCAAUAGAAGCUUUUGAUCCUGAAGUGAUAGCACGAGGUGGUAUACAGAAUUUAGACAGACAAAGAUUGGCUCAUUUUCAUGAAACAGUUGGUGAAACUAGUUCUCAGAGUGUAGUAGUAGCUGUUGAUAGAAUAUUUACUGGUUCUGUUAAACUAGAUGGUGAUGCUAUAGUGGAGUUUACUAAAGCUUUAUGUCAAGUAUCAUUAGAUGAAUUAGCUAGCCCUACACAUCCUAGAAUGUUUAGUUUACAGAAGAUAGUAGAGAUUUCUUAUUAUAACAUGGGUCGUAUCAGGCUACAGUGGUCUCGUAUCUGGCAAUAUCUUGGUGACCAUUUUAACAAAGUUGGAUGUUAUCCUAAUGAAGACAUAGCUUUUUUUGCUGUAGAUUCUAUUCGACAAUUAUCAAUGAAAUUUAUCGAAAAAGGAGAAUUUGCUAACUUCAGAUUUCAGAAAGAUUUCUUACGACCUUUUGAACAUAUUAUGAAACGAAACAGAUCUCCUACAAUACGUGAUAUGGUUGUACGUUGUGUUGCUCAAAUGGUCAAUUCACAAGCUGCUAAUAUAAAGUCAGGCUGGAAGAAUAUAUUUAGUACAUUUCAUCUGGCAGCGUCUGAUCAUGAUGAAGGCAUUGUAGAGUUGGCUUUUCAAACUACUGGCAAAAUUAUCUCAAGUAUUUGUGAGAAGCAUUUCACAGCAAUAAUAGACUCAUUUCAAGAUGCUGUUAAAUGUUUAUCAGAGUUUGCUUGUAAUGCUGCCUUCCCUGAUACCAGUAUGGAAGCCAUUAGACUGAUUAGAAACUGUGCUAAAUAUGUUGCUGAAAAACCACAUAUGUUUAGAGAGCAUGCUGGAGAAGAAAUGAAUGUACCAGAAGAUGAUAGAGUCUGGGUACGAGGAUGGUUUCCUGUGUUAUUUGAACUAUCUUGUGUUAUAAAUAGAUGUAAAUUAGAUGUUAGAACCAGAGGCUUAACUGUGAUGUUUGAAAUUAUGAAGACGUAUGGUGAUUCAUUCCAACAACAUUGGUGGCGUGAUCUAUUCCGUAUUAUCUUUAGAAUAUUUGAUAAUAUGAAAUUACCAGAACAACUUAGUGAGAAAUCCGAGUGGAUGACUACAACCUGUAACCAUGCACUAUAUGCUAUAGUUGAUGUUUUUACACAGUAUUAUGAUAAUCUACACGAUAUCUUAUUGUUAGAUUUAUAUCAGAUGUUACAUUGGUGUGUACAACAAGAUAAUGAACAGUUAGCUAGGUCUGGUACAAAUUGUCUAGAGAAUUUAGUAAUAUCUAAUGGUAAUAAGUUUUCUAGUGCUGUGUGGGAUCAAACUUGUUCUUGUAUGUUAGACAUCUUUAAAUCUACCAUUCCACACAAUUUACUAACAUGGAAAGCAGAUAAUGAUGAAUCUCAGUCUGUAUCAAGACAAGAUACUAAUAAUGAUAAUGAUGUGGAUGAUAAAUCUAUUAAUUCAGUAGAUUCUAGUAUGGAUACUAAUAAAUUAAAACGUGCUGAUAGUUCUAUUAGUAUUAAUAGUACUGUAUCAGUUGACUCUCGUGAUCAGAAAAUACCUCGUUCGAAGAUCUCAUCUGAUAUCAAGUUAUUUCAAGGAUUAUUAAUUAAAUGUGUGGUACAACUAGAAUUAAUACAAACAAUAGACAAUAUAGUUUUCUUUCCUACUACCAGUAAGAAGGAAGAUGCUGAGAAUUUAGCUUUAGCUCAGGCUGGUAAAGAAGAAGUACCGUACUAUAUGUAUGAUUCUGGUCAACAACAUGAAGAUCAAGGAAUGUACCAGUUCUUAAAUUCAGCCCAACUCAUACAUCUAGUGGACUGUUUAUUAGAGUCACAUCACUUUGCCAAAAAAUUCAACUCAAAUCAUGAACAGCGAAAUGUCUUAUGGAAAGCAGGUUUUAAGGGUAAAGCUAAACCAAACUUGUUAAAACAAGAAACACAAAGUUUAGCAUGUUUGUUCCGUAUAUUAUUCCGUAUGUAUAAUGAUGACUCUAGACAAGAUGCCUGGCCAGACAUAGAGAAAAAACUUCUAGGAGUUUGUCGAGAUGCCUUAGAAUAUUUUCUAUCUUUACAAUCUGACAGUCAUCGUGAAGCAUGGAGUAGUUUAAUGUUAUUAUUAUUGACUCGCUUACUUAAAAUGUCUGAUGAAAGGUUCCGUGUCCAUGCAGCUGUAUAUUAUCCAUUAUUAUGUGAAGUCAUAAUGUUUGAUUUAAAAUUAGAACUUCGAUCAAUAUUGAAGAAAUUUUUGUUACGAAUAGCUCCUACCUUUAAUAUAACAGAGGCAUAA